AUGAAAAGCAGUAGUUACAGGUCACACUAUAAAUACGAUAGCAACCUAAGCCCUGAUGUUACUGCGGUAUGCGUGGACGUCACCGGUGGUACCGACCGUCCGUUCAUCAUCACCUUCAAGCAGUUCAACAGCGGUAAUGCACCAGUCCGCAUUGAGAACCUCUGCGACGACCUGUUUCUCAAGCUGCACCAGGUGGAAUCUGGACAGGUGGCUCUCUUGAGCCCGUACCAGUCCAUGCUCUACACCUGGGACGACCCGGCCAAGGAGAGGAAGCUGGUGUGGAAUAUUUACAACAACAAAGGGAAGGGGUUCGUCGCCGACUUCUCGCAAGACGGUUAUGGUGAAGAAAAAGUGAGUUUCCAUUCCGUGAAGCACUCUACUCUAGUCGCAACAAGCAGUGUGACAUCAAAGCUGUCGUCUACCCUCAAACGGCUGACUCCAAAGUCGCCAGAGCCCUGCUCCUCUAGCAGCGACGAUUCCGACAGUUUCGAGCUACUCGAGAACCUGGCCAAAUCCAAAAAGACUCGGAAGGACAAGGUGAUCGUCUACUGGGUGUCCUACAUGAACGGUUACCAGCGGGUCUUCGCGUUAGCACAAGACGAAAGGCUAGCGCAACAGUACAGGAUGAUGAUAGACUCGGAGCGCAGUAAUUACGAAGUUUUCCUGUCUCUAUCCAGCGUCAGUUUGUCAGUGUGCGUGCAAACAGGUGUUGGUGUGAAGGAGUUGGCAUAUGUCAGUGUCACCGAUUCGCUGCCACGGUGGGAAGUGAACGUGAGCAGCAAAUGGAAGCAGCUUGCCCCCGAUUUGACCGCGUGGAUCGAGGACAAGUACCAGAGCGAGCAAAAGAAAUGCAACCUGAAGGACUACAUCCACAUAGACCUGGAGAAGAUGCACAUGACGAAGCCCUUCUUCUCGGAGCUCCGCCGCACGUACUGCCCUGGCGUUUGGUUGCAACUGCGCAAGUCGGACACGCACACGUACUGUCACCUCAAGCUGCAGAGGCUUCAAAUUGAUAACCAGCUGUACGAAGCCGUGUUCCCUAGUGUACUGUACCCCGCACCGCUGCCGCCACACGUGAAAACGAGAGAUGCGAGGCCGUGCGUCGAAGUUGUCGCAAUGAAGCAAUACCAGCCGAGUAUGAACCAAGACAUAUACAAAUACUUGAAGGUUUUAGUGCAGGAAUUCUGCGUGAAUCUGGACAGGGGUUUUGUCAACUACAUCUUCGAUAUAUUGAACCACUGGAAGGUCGAGGAGAAGCCGGCAGUGAGGCUCCGCGCCGACUUGGCUUUGGUUCACAUGCCGCUGACAAUGCUGGCAAUAAAAAGCCAAACGUGCGCACAAAGGAACGUGCUGUUUGAGUACGUGCAUCUGUCUCCACUGAAACUGGUCCUCAGCCUGUCAUCUCGAGGGUAUGCGGACAGCGCCAGUAGCCCGAGCCGCUCCCACUACGGCAACCAGAAAGAGAAUCGCCCCAAGCUCUUUAACAGUGACUUGUUGGAGUACUUGUUCAAUUCGUGGGGCUCCUCACUUUGCGAUAUGAAGGACGUGGUGAUAAGAAUGUCAUUCCUGGAGCUCAGGAACGCUCCUAUCACCAGAACAGCUUUGGUGGAUGCCGCAUCUAGACAUUAUUGGAUCCAACUGGUCCAGCAGUUCUAUGUCCUCGUUCUGGGGCUGGACAUCCUCGGGAACCCGUACAGCUACAUCGGAGACUUCUCCAAAACCCUGAAGCAGUAUUAUGAACCGUUUUUGGGUAAUUCGUGUGGUGUCCAGUUGUCGGCGGCGGUGCGUGGUGCUGCCAAGAUAUUGAGCUGCCAGGGCGGCGCAUCUCUGGUCGAGGGCACACCGAGGAUUCGUCUACCGCGGAAAAGACCUGAAGAAGAGGGCGUGAUCAUCGACAACUUGCCAGAAGCUCUCCUAGAGGCCAACAGAAGGAACCCUAGCAGCGUGGCCCUCGCCGUUUCUGGCCUAAUCGCCAGGCCCACUAUCGACGUGUGUCGUGAGGCGGCGCGGGCGGCCCUCUCGCCUCAGCUGGGGGCAGACUGCGCUGAGGCCGCUCUGAGGGCUUUAGUUGAGCGCAGCGGAGGCCGGCUGCUCGCCAGACGCCGCCUCCCGCGCCACUGCCCAGUCAAUGAGGGUCUGCGCGCGUACAACGCCACAGCGGCCAGGGGGGCGGCGCUGCUGGCUCAGCUGUCGCGUGGCCACUACUCGGACACCGACAGCUACGUGGCCCACGUGCACCUCACGCGCACCUCGCUCACCACGCUCCUCGUCACCACGCAACAUAUAUUCCUCGUGCGAGCCGGUGGCAACAGUAACUCUUGGCACAUCGAGUGGGUGGUGAAACUCGACGACCUCAUCGGGGUACCCGCCGUGGAAGGGGACAAACUUGUACUGAACAUCAAACAGGAUGAAAUGGUCAACUACUUCUCAACUGACGAGAAAGUUAUAGAGAUCGCGGAUCCCGAAGUGUUACUGUGGCUGCAAUCCAAGAUCGAAUGCGCUCUUAUUCUUGCGUUGGAAGAUAAACGCUGCCCGGCUGAA